AUGUACCACGCGCAAAGCUUCGCAGAGAAUGGCUUCAUGACGGAACUGGUUGGGUACGGAGGGUCGGACGUGAUUCCUGCUCUCGAACGCCUACCGCGAGUUCAGAUACGCCACCUUCCAGACCCACCGUGGAUACUAAAGAAACUUCCCUUCGUCGUUGCUGCGCCAUUUAAGAUCUUGCACCAAUUAACGGCAAUCCUACUCAUCCUUUUGGUCUAUAUCGAAAAGCCCCCCGAGUUCCUGCUGGUCCAGAACCCGCCAAGUAUACCCACCCUCGCUAUCGUGCAGCUUGUUGCCCGAAUACGUGGAAGCAAGGUCAUCAUCGACUGGCACAAUCUCGGAUAUAGCAUCUUGGCUCUCAGACUCGGCCAAAACCACAUCUUCGUCCGGAUAUCAGAAUGGUUCGAACGCACCUUUGGCCAAUCCGCCUACGCGCACUUGUUCGUUACCCGCGCCAUGCGAGAUCACUUGGUAAAGGAAUGGGAUCUCCGGGGGCAUAAGGUUGUACUGCACGAUCGACCACCACGACACUUUCACCGCUCCUCUCCUCAAGAAACGCAUGAACUCUUCCAAAGACUUCGACCACUCCUCGCGUUCCACAAACCCCUGCGCGGUUUCCUCCCAAAGGAUGAUCCUCCAUACUCCACUCCAUUCACCGAAAUCGGUGUACGACAGACCUCUAGAUCCCCGAAUCGGGCUUCUACCCAGGGGCGAGUGCAGAUCGUUUCUCGCCCGACUUCGCCAGGCGUGAAUGCGCUCGGAGACUACACUGAAAUCCGGGCACCGUCUCUACGACCGGACAGACCAGCUCUCCUGGUAUCCAGCACGUCUUGGACCCCCGAUGAAGACUUUGGCAUCCUGCUUCAAGCUUUGAGUAUCUACGAGCUUCGCGCAAGGGAGGUAAACAAGGAGGCCUCUAAAGGAACAACGCUACCAAAAGUCCUGGCUAUUGUCACAGGAAAAGGGCCACUGAAGGAUAGAUAUAUGAAGGAGGUGUCCGCCCUUCAAGAGUCCUGGCAAUGGGUGCGGUGCAUCAGCCUUUGGUUAGAGGCGGAGGAUUAUCCAAUUUUACUUGGCUCGGCGGACCUGGGAGUCUCAUUGCAUUCUAGUUCUUCGGCUCUCGACCUACCUAUGAAGGUGGUGGACAUGUUUGGAUGCGGGCUCCCCGUCUGCGCCUUGGGUUUCUCCUGCCUGCCAGAACUCGUUAAACAUGGAAAGAACGGUCUAAUAUUCCGUAGCGCUCCCGAGUUGGCAGAGCAACUCGAGGACCUAUUCACUUCAUUCCCCCAAGCCAAAAGUCUAGCUGCGCUGAGUCUUUCUCUGGCAAGUACGGCAACACGCCCUUCAACGCCGAAUGUCCACGGCUCGAGAAAGUACAAAACAUCUACACGCGACGAUGAUUGGAAGUGGUCCAACUGGGAAGACAACUGGGCGCAGACCAUGAGACCGCUUAUCUUGAACGAUGUCAACUUGUGA